CCGGCCGCCUCUCGCGUGCCCCUGGGGGUGGCGGCGGACAGCGCAGCCCCUGGUUGUUGCCGGUUCAGUGAUGGACGGUCUGAAGGAGUUCUCAGAAGCCGUGUCGAUACUGAAGAAAUUUAUCACAUAAAAGAAAUGAUUGAGUCAGUCAAAUUAAGAAGGCAGUGCAUGCUGGAUUUCUACUCACAUUAUGAACAUCUUUGUGAACUUCAAGGCUCUGUCCCACUGAAAGCUGUGAAGGCUAACCUGACUCAGAAUGCUAUUGAUCUAAUUGUAGAUCACAUCAAAGCUACUGACUGGGCACCACUUCUGAAUGCUAUUAGGCAUAAUAAGACUCUGACUUCUAUUGGAAUAAGAAGUUUACAUCAACACGGUCUUGAAGAAUCAGGUGUUGAAAGAUAUAAAACUUACUUUAGAAGGAGAACUCCAGCAACUCUGUCAAAAGACUUAACUGGCCAACUAUGCAAAGCUGUGAAAGGCUGUCUUAGUAUAUCAGAUGUACUAAAAAAUUUAGAACUGCAGGGUUUGCUUCUGAGGGAAAGAGAUCUAACACUUUUAACAAAGGGCUUGGCCACAGCUUCAUCUCUGGAGAGUGUCUCUUUAGCCCACUGUCCAAUUGGAGAUGGAGGGUUGGAAACAAUCUGUCAGAGUAUAAAGAAUGCAGCUACUAUCAGAUCUGUAAACUUCACAGCAUGUAGCCUCACAUGGCGAGGGGCUGAACAUAUAGCAAAUGUAUUAAAGCACCAGGCAAUGAGAAGACAUGGUGAAGCUUGGGCUGAAAGCCUGCGUUACAGGAGACCUGAUCUUGAAUAUAUGACGGGCUUGAGACGGGUUACUUUGAACUGCAACAUGCUUGUUGGAGAUAGAGGAGCAAGUGCCUUUGCAGACUGUCUAGGAGAGGACCUUUGGCUGAAAGCACUUGAUUUGCAGCAGUGUGGAAUAUCCAAUGAGGGAGCAAGAUCAUUAUUAGAUGCUCUUCAAACUAAUACAACAUUAGUGGUACUUGACAUAAGAAAAAAUCCAUUAAUAGGUCACAUUCUGAUGAAAAACAUUAUUGAAAGAGUUCUUAAGAACGGAAAUAGUGCUAAUUCAGAGUAUAGGUGGCUGACAUCUCCAUCUUCCAAAGAUGCUUUGAAAAAUAGAUCAAAGAAAAGAACUAUUGUCCUAGGAAGUGGUCGGAAAGGAAAAGCUACUAUUCGUAUUGGACUAUUGUCUAAAAAAUCGGUAAGUCCUGGGAAAAAAAUUACAUCUGUGAAAGAGAGUUACUCACCAAAACCACUACCACCAGGCACAAAAGGCUUCCUUCCUUGGCGGACUGCAGAACGUGCAAAGAGAUGCAGAGGUGGGGCUCUGGAUCGUACUGGAGAAUUGCCAGUGGAGAUUCAGACAGGUGUUCCUGUGAAAGUGACAGUAGAAAGUGCUUCAACAUUUGAUACUGAAGACACAGAAGAUUUAGAUGAUGUCAUCCACUAUCCUGAUCUGGCAAAAUCAAUUGAUAAGAUUAAUGUAACAGAGUAUCAACAAUUAGAGUUGGAGCUGGAAGAAUGCAUGUUAAAACUAAAGGAAGAACAAAGAGCUAGAGAGAAGGCUGAGGAACGAGUAACAGAGCUGGAAAUUGAAAAUGCAAGAUUAAGGAAUCUAAAUAUCUCCCUAUCCGAGGUUCUUCAUGCACAGUCAGUAACCAGCACGAUUUUGGAAGAUGAAGGUGUUCUAGGCAGCAUUGAGAACUCUUUUCAAAAGUUUCAUGCUUUUUUAGACCUCCUUAAAGAUGCUGGACUUGGACAACUUGCUGUAUUAGCUGGGAUAGACCAGUCAGAUUUUGGCCUUUUGGGGCAUCCGCAAAUGAAUUCUACUCUCAGUAAGCCUGCUAACAUGGUAAAGGAGAAGUCUUUUGAAGAAGAAAGACAGGAACAUAACCAGAACAGCAAAUAUCUUCAUUGGAAUCUCUCAUUUCAGAACAGAAUAGGGGACAUCCAGCUGUCUCUUCCUGGUAUGUUUCAAUCCCAGAUGGUUAUGAAUAAUGCCUUUUCUGCACUUAGAGAAAUACAAGAACUUCAGACUGCUGGACAGCAGUACCAGCUAGGCUCAUGGAAGGAAACUGAAGCUCAAAGAAUUGACCAAAAUAAAGAGGAUAAGCCUCGCAGUAGUACACCAAUAUUCUCUGAGAGGAGAGUCAAACAAAAUGAACAAGCAAAAGGUCACUCAGCAAGGCAGUUGCAUUCAUUUGCUGAUUCCAGUGUACAUAUUAAAAGUGAUGACAGCAGAGUAUCCAGUGGUAUGUCUGUCGAAAAAAGCAAAAAUUCUUCCUCUAAGAAAUACAUCCCUAGAGCAAAUGAAACGGCAGCUUCAGCUACUGGAGCGAGAGGAAACCAAAGUACACUACAAGCAGUAAACAGCUCUGGAAGUGACACUUUAGGAUCUGGUUCUGAAAUACAAGAAAGUAUACAAAGUGUUACCAGCAUUUGAAAUGGUUCUAAAAUGUUUGGACUGUUCUUUACACUUGGAAUAUUAAUAAUAGAUUUUGGAUGUUUCAGUAUAGUUUGUGAAUUUUUUGUAAGGUAAUGAAGACUUUGUGACUUUUUAAAACAUUGCAUGUUGUUUCAUGUUUGCAUUCCUUGUCAUGAGAUUUUGAAUUUUGGAAACACGUGAUAACACUUAAAAUGGUACCUGUCAGUUUGUACUAUAUACAGAGGACUCCUGGUAUGUGGAUUUCAUUACCUACAUUGAUCUUGGUGUAGAGUGUAAACUGUUUUGAGCCAAUAAAGUUAAUUUGACUGCA